AUGACUAAUUACGAAAGUUUAUCAUCGGCAGAGAAAAUUCGCGCUACACUCCAUAGAGAUGUUCGGUCCAUUUGUUCAGAAGCUUGCCAUUUAUUAGGAUUGGAAAUAACCAAACCAGCAAUGGCAAUUAUAUCUGAGUUAGUUUACAAAAAGCUAACUGUGUACGGAUCGGAUUUAGAAGCAUUUGCCAAACAUGCAAAACGCACCACAAUUAACUCGGAGGAUGUCAAAUUGUUGGUGAGGAGGAAUCCUUCGCUGAGAGCACGUUUAAAUAAUACUCAGCCACAAAUCAAAGCAGUAGUUAACAAAGAUAAGCGUCGAAAAACAGUCGUUCCUUCCGGAAAUAAGCAAGAGGAAAUACCAAAACAGAAAUCAAAAGAGGAUGAAACAGUUAUAUCGGAGACUAAGGAAACAGAAAGAGAGGCAACUAAAAGGAACGAUGAUUUCGAAAAAAUGAAUAUCAGUGAUAUGAUAGAUUUAACAUUCGAUUAAAAAUUUAAUUAAAACUU